AACGAAACAUCGAUCCAACAGUUGAUCUGCGCAGAAAAAAGCUCUCGUCGACAGACAUGGCGAAGCCGCCCGUCCCCAUGAUCAUCUCCACCGUGACCUACUGCUGCGGCGCCUGCGGGUACGACCUGAAGCUGAGCUCGCUGGCGCGGGACACGGCGGCCGGCGGCGGGAGGCAUCGCCGCCGGAGCGUGGUGGUCUUCGAGGCCAUCGACGACACGCGGUUCGGCCACCUGGACGAGUUCCGCUGCCUCGACGUGCGCUCGCUCCGCCUCUUCGCGCGCCGCACGCGGCUGCUCUGCCGCAAGUGCGGCGCCCACCUCGGCUACGGCUACCACGAGCACGACACCGCCGCCGACAGCAAGCCGCCCCGCUACCACAUCAAGAUCCGGGCGCUCCACCCCGCCUCGGACCCGGCGGCGCCGUCGGAUCCCGUGAUCUGAUCUGACGGCCCUGCCCGUAUUCUCUUGAUUUUCUCUCCUCUCGACGCGUUCGCGAAUCGCUGUCGCCCGCCGCUGUUACUUUCGCUCCUCCAUCCAAGUGGCUCCCUCGCUCCGGUUGCAUCUCAAGGAUUGCGCAGGCUGAUUGAUUGAUUGAUUGGGAUUGUUUUUCUUUCUCAUUUUUCACUCGGUAUAUAAAGUACAUGGCGAAAUUAUUGGUGUACAAAAUUCUGCAUUAUUGGUCUUGUUUUUCAUGACUUCUGUAUAUUAUGUUACUCCUAGCUAAAAGUCAAAAGUCUUGUUCUGCCAGC